CCUCAGGUGGGUUGCAACAAGGUCUACACCAGCACUUCCGACGUAAUGACCCACGAAAACUUCCACAAGAAGAACACGCAGCUGAUCAACGACGGCUUCCAGCGGUUCCGGGCCACGGAAGACUGCGGCACGGUGGACUGCCAGUUCUACGGGCAGAAGACCACCCACUUCCACUGCAGGCGGCCCGGUUGCACCUUCACCUUCAAGAACAAGUGCGACAUCGAGAAGCACAAGAGCUACCACAUCAAGGACGACGCCUACGCCAAGGACGGCUUCAAGAAGUUCUACAAGUACGAGGAGUGCAAGUACGAGGGCUGCGUUUACAGCAAGGCCACCAACCACUUCCACUGCAUCCGGCCCGGCUGCGGCUUCACCUUCACCUCCACCAGCCAGAUGACCUCGCACAAGCGCAAACAUGAGCGCCGGCACAUCCGCAGCUCGGGCAUGCUGGGCUUGCCCGCCUCGCUGCUGGGCGCCAAGGAGAACGAGCAGGAGGAGUCCAGCAAUGACGACCUGAUCGACUUCUCUGCCAUGAGCUCCAAGAACUCCAGCCUGAGUGCCUCCCCCACCAGUCAGCAGUCUUCCGUCUCCCUGAUCAUGCCGGGCACCCCCUGCACCUCAGCCACAGAGCUGGCCGCCUCACAAGCCACCAGCAAACCCGCCGGCAACAUACCCUCGGCUUCCAAGAUGCCCGUCCUGCUGUCUCAAGCUCUCCCAAGCAAUAUCCCUUUGGCCCUGGCGCUGCCCAACGCGGCUGUUCCGGGAACGGCCAGCUCUUACUUCCCCAUGCUCCCCGGCCGGGUCUCGGCCCAACUGCCCACCAGUUCCAGCAGUUUGCUAGCCGCUGGCACGCCGAGUACCAAUCCGGCGUCUUCCACCGGUUCCCCUUCCCCGGCCCUCUCGGGUUCCGGCGAGGGGGCGGCCACCUCUUCACCGACUCCAGCGGCCUCCAUCAUGGAGAAGAUCUCGGCCAGCAAAGGGUUGAUUUCGCCCAUGAUGGCUCGGUUAGCGGCGGCGGCUCUGAAGUCCUCCAUGACAGAAGCAGGAAACGGGCAGCCCAUAACACCUGGACGGUUCAACCCAACGCAGGUGAAGUCCGAGGUGGCUGAGAAUCCUGGCUCGGGACCCACCGCAGCCCAGGACUCCUUGCAGGAGCACAGCUUGGACCUUAGAAUGAAAGAUCAUGGCAAUGAAUCAAAUGGCCACACAGUCUCGGCAAAUUCAUCUCUUUUAUCCUCGCUUAUGAAUAAGGUAAGAGCCAUCCAUCAAGAGCCUUUCAUUGCCCCCACCAAGAGAAAUUAAAGCCGCGGUGGCAAGAGAGGGGGAGAAGCGUUUGUUUUUUAAUGUUUUGCCUCUAAUAAGAUGAGUUUGUACCAUUUAAAUUUUGAGACCAUUUUUCAUCGGGUAUAAUUUCAGAGCCACUGCUUACGAAUUAAUUUAAUGAACUGGCUGAAGAAAUAUAUCGCAGCCCCUGACACCCACCCACCCUCUCUCUCUCUCUCUCUCUUCCUCCCUCCCCCUCUCUGUCUCUUUCUCUCUCCCUCCCUCCCUUCCUCCCU